GAGACUUUAGAAGGUCCAAGAGCAGUCAUCUUAGAUAGAGCUGUUGUUAACCAAGGCCAAAGACAAAAGGAGGAAAAGAAGGUCAGAAUUUCCUUUUUCCACUCUCAAAGGAUUUUUUUUUCUGUAUCACUUUAUAAAUUUUAAACAGGUUAAAAUUUGUCUUUCAGUAGUUGAAAGCCAAACUUUUAAUAAAAUAGAGCUCUUUAUCACCAAAAAUUUUUUAUCCUUUCAUCUUUUUCAGCGUGGGAUUUGACAUUCACUACCUUUCUUUGAUACUUUUAAGACAUUAAAUUUAAAACUAUUCUGCCUAAUAUUGAGAGCCUUACAGAAUUUGGCUCUUAUCUCCUUAACACCCUUAUCUCCCACUACAUCCUUCUUCCCCUUGCCUUCUACAUGCCCAAGCUCCAUCCACGUUAAUCUUAUAGUCAUAAAUCCAGUGGAUCUAACUUUCUCAUCCUUCAAGGUCCAUCUCAAAGGAGCAACCCCCCAUAUUUCCUAACUCCCUUGUCAAUAAUUUACGUGUAUGUGCUCUUCACUAGGUUCAGAACUCCUGGAGAACUGAGGCUUCAUUUUAUUCUUUUUUUGUUUUCGUAAUCUCCAUACAGUUUGAAAACAGUGUUGUGCAAAUAAGUGCUUACUAACUAGUUGUCUAAUUGAACUGUGAUUCUAAAAUAAAGUGUAAAUCUGAAUUAGAGCUUAAAACUGAACAGCUGUUUUCCCUUGACUUCUUGUGUCUCAGAAGAAAGCACAAACAAGCUCUGAUCCAGAGAACUGUGAAAGGCACCUUAGAAUAAAAUCAGUUCCCUUUGCUCACACGGCAGAUUUUUACCUGAGAUAAGAAGGUAUCGUCCAGGUGUGGCCAGUAAGAGUCUGUAACCUGUACAUUUUUGCAUGUAGGAAGAUUCCCUUCAGGAUUCAGAGUAUCUAUCAAAGAAGCAUUUCCUGGUGUGACAGCUUCUCCUUGGAGGCAUUGAGAGAGAAGGGGUCUUCUGGAGACUUUUGGAGACACAGUGGCUAAGCUCUGCAUAUUGUCUGGUCUUCUUUCUUCAUGAAAGCCCCAUAAAAGCACCCCUACGCAGGUUGAAAAAGCUGCUUAAUGGCAUUAGAAGUCUUCAAUGAAAUAUAUCCAGUAUGGACUUACUCUUACCUGGUGCUGUUGUUUCCUGUGUUCCUUGCCACAGACUUCCUCCGUUAUAAACCUGUUGUUCUGCUGCAGGGACUCAGCCUUAUUGUUACGUGGUUCAUGCUGCUCUAUGCCCAGGGACUGCUGGCCAUUCAGUUCUUGGAAUUCUUCUAUGGCAUCGCCACAGCCACUGAAAUUGCCUAUUACUCCUACAUCUACAGUGUGGUAGACCUGAGCAUGUACCAGAAAGUCACGAGUUACUGUCGAAGUGCCACCUUGGUGGGCUUCACAGUGGGCUCUGUCCUAGGGCAGAUCCUCGUCUCAGUGGCAGGCUGGUCCCUAUUCAGCCUGAAUGUCAUCUCUCUUACCUGUGUUUCUGUGGCUUUCGCUGUAGCCUGGUUUCUCCCUAUGCCACAGAAGAGUCUUUUCUUUCACCACGUUCCUCCCUCCUGCCAAGGAGCAAAUGGCGUCAAGGUACACAAUGGUGGCAUUGCUACUGAUACCUCAGCUUCUAACCACCUUCCGCAGUGGGAAGAUGUUGAAUCAAAAAUCCCUCUAAAUACAGAGGAGCCUCCCAUGGAGGGACAGGAAUCCAAGCCAGACCGUCUCCUUGUGCUGAAGGUCCUGUGGAAUGAUUUCCUGGUGUGCUACUCUUCUCGCCCUCUGCUCUGCUGGUCCGUGUGGUGGGCCCUCUCCACCUGCGGCUAUUUUCAAGUCGUGAACUAUGCACAGGGCCUGUGGGAGCAGGUGAUGCCUUCUCGUCAUGCUGCCAUCUAUAACGGUGGCGUGGAGGCCGUUUCAACCUUACUGGGUGCUGUUGCUGUGUUUGCAGUUGGUUACAUAAAAUUAUCCUGGUCCACUUGGGGAGAAUUGACAUUGUCUCUGUUUUCUCUCCUGAUUGCUGCUGCAGUGUACAUCAUGGACACCGUGGGUAACAUUUGGGUGUGCUACGCAUCCUACGUUGUCUUCAGAAUCAUCUACAUGUUACUCAUCACUAUAGCAACUUUUCAGAUUGCUGCAAACCUCAGCAUGGAGCGCUACGCCCUAGUGUUUGGUGUAAAUACCUUCAUCGCUCUGGCACUGCAGACUCUGCUCACUCUAAUUGUGGUAGAUGCCAGCGGCCUUGGCUUGGAAAUUACCCCUCAGUUCUUCAUCUACGCUGGUUAUUUUGCACUCAUUGCUGUGGUUUUCCUGACUAAUGGUGCAGUCAAUAUUUUGAAGAAAUACAGAAAGCCCCAAGAUCCAGAAUCAAGUUCUCAAGUGACCACUUCAUAACACACUGCUAAUGAGCUUCUUAUCACAAGAACUCUGCACAGCAGCUGUGCCUGGAUGUAUUUAAUUUUUUAAAGUGUAGACACCUAUUUAUGAGUGUGCAUUUCAUGGCUUCAAAGCAGCCAAUUGACUAUACCUUGUCCUCCUAGAGUAAUAGAAUACUGUUCAGAAGUGAAGUGUACUUCAUGGAUUAUUUAAGACAGCCAAUAUAAGGAUGACUUUUUUCUGAUUUGAAAGUGAGCUUGCUUUUGAAAACCAAGUAAUCAAGAGCCAUCAAGCAGCACAUGGUGAUGUAUACUUGCUAGCAAGUGAGUCUGGUGUUUCAUAGGUCAAGUACUUCUGUAUCAGAUUAGCCAGAUGCUUGGCCUGGUGGGACCAGGGCUUCACAGGGGCCACAGGUGUCACAGGUCAGAACAGAAAUAUGUUCUAAUAGCACCUGCCUCUGUUCAACUUAAUUCUUAUUUCUGUGUUAUUCACGUGCAUUUGUGUUUCUGCAGAUGAAAGUUGUUCCUAUCACUGACAAUAUGUGCUCUGGUUUGGUGUUUUAUAAGGCAUAUGUGUCGUUUCUAAUUUAUUUUUAAAAAUUCAUUGUGUAAAUAUUCUCAAUUCCCAUCUUGACAAUUAUGUAUUCGUGUGGAUUUUUCAUUUUUACAUUAUUCAUAUGCUUCCUAGAGAAGCUAAUUUAGUUAAAUAAUAAGGCAAGUUUUGAGGCCUGCUAAAAAUCUAAGUGACCUAAUCAGAAAACUUGAGGCAGUUUUGCUUGUCUUUUAUUCUUCGGUAUGAAGGACUAUUAAUUCUAUGAUGAAAAGUUACUAAAUGGGCUAAAGAUACAACUAACCCAUUUUGUAUUUGCACUUUUAUCUCCAAAAUAAAAUGGAAAAUCUUUUUUAAAAUAACUUCAUCUCCAUUUAUAGCUUUUAUAUUAUUUAUCCUUCUUAUUCAAGAUAAAGAUGUCGUUAAGAGUUGGAUCAUUCCAAGGUCUUUUUCACAAACUGAGCCUCUUAUUAAUUAUUUUGGUGGGACAGGAACUAGGAUAGACUUAGUUCCUGUAUUUUGUACAUUAAAUCUGCCUUUGUUUCUAAAGGUGGAUCAUCUUGAAUAUCUGCUUAAAAUAAGAAUUGCUAUUGACUCAGUUUCCAGGUUACUUGAAAAAAAUGUUAUUCUGUGCACAUUUAAUUGGGAAGUUAGUCUACCAAGUGGCUGCUAGCCUGAGACGUAACUAUUUUGAAGCCAAUUUUGUUGCCUAAUCAUAAAAAAAAAAACAAAAAACUAGGUUAACUUUUUUAGAACGACAUAGGUAAACACUGAAUAAUAGUGUCAAGAUUCCAAAACUGACAUAUUCAUUUAUGUAAGCAGGAAUUCUAGAAGCAAAUGAAUGAUAAGAAUAAGUCAGUUUCCACUCACCUUCCUUUCUGAAUAAGGGAAAGGAAAAGACCACUAGCUAAGUAAGGGAAGAGGAAGUGAUAUCUUAAAUAGCAGCCUCUAAUUUUAUAUUUUGUCUUUGUUGUGUUUUAUUUUGCUACAUAGGGAAUUGUUUACUCAGAAACAAGUAGAAAAGUGGUAUUUGAGGAAUUUUAUUUAAUUUUUUAAAUAAAAGACUGUGGUACAAUCAAUACUAAAGCAGUAUUUCCCUGGAAUUUAAUUCAAAGUUUGUGGUACACAGUUAGAGCCUUUACUUAUUUAACACAAUAAUAAGUUUACAUCUUGGUGUGUGGCCCUAUCUGUAGAAUGCUGAACCCAAUUUGCAAGUUGUACUGUAUGCAGUUUUGUAAAGAAGUGAAAAUAAUUUGUUGUACUUUUUAUUCAAUUCUGUAUAGAUUAUAAACUUAUUUAUUAAAUAAAUAUUUUACAGUAUA